UACUAAUAAACCCACGUGAGAUGAAAGUGCGAAAAGUGAGCGCUCUCGUAAAAAAUACGUAAUAAACGCCCUGAUAAGGGACUAUGCAGUUCGUCUUCCUGGUCUCUAGUCUCCAUGGCUUGUUUUCUGUCUGCCCUGCCCUGUCAAAAAGUGCUAGGAGAAGAUUUCGAAAUCAUGGAGAUGUCUUACCCCGGUUUAUGAAAAUAUGUAAAUAAUUUAAAACAUGGUGAGAAAAUGAGAACACAAUCCUCGGAUAAAAGGCUACAGUGAUUCCGUUCCUAAAACGAAGAAAUGGAGGAUGGCUGGAUGUUAAUCACAUCUUUAGAUGUCUAUCUCGAAACUUAAGUCCCAUGAUAGAUUUGUGGUGUAAAGAAUCCAGUAUUAAAUAAAUGUUACACUCGAGAAUGGAUGUGACAUUGCACAGUUACUGGUAAAAUUUACCCGAUUUAAUUAAAUUAAAGCAAUGGAUAGUUUGUCAGAUUCUUCCAGGUGUGAAUUGGAUUCCGUUACUUCGUCAGACUCUUUACAGUUGAUCACUGAUGAGUUUCAUCUACAGCAUGCUUCGACACCUGAUAUAUCCAGCAUAGUAUCUUCAAAAAGGAUCUCCUCUCUAGAAUUAGAGAAUGAACGACUUCGUGUUGCAUUAGAACACAUUCGUUUAGAAUUGGAUGCCAAAACUGCAGCUAACCGUGGCUUAAAGGACAAGAUCACGGAAAUGUAUUUAGAAGCACACAAUGCACUCUUAGAACGGCAACAGCUGCAAAAUUCUAUCAAAGAUGCUAUCGCUCGCUUCACUGUCGCCGAAGGUUCGGUUAAGUGGUACAAACAUCAGUUACAUAAUAUGCAGGCAGGUAAAAGAACUUUACAAUUAGAAAUUGACACACAUCGUGAAAUUGCGAGACGGAAACAGCGUGCUUUGACAGAAUUAACGGCAAAGUGUAAUCAGUGGAAUGCAGAAUAUGCAGAAUCCGUGGAGAAAUUUAAGAGGGAAAAUAGAAUUUUAAGGACGGAGAUUGAGGCACUGACUUUGGAUAGAAACAAAGACAAUAAUUUGCAUUCCAAUUUUCAAGAUUCCAAUUUCGAGGCUUUGUCGAUUAACUUAUCUGAGAAAUUAAGAGCUACGGAAACAGAGCUGAGAGAAACUAAAGAAGAAUUCCAAUUGAUAGAACAACGUCUUUUGUGCAGCGAGGCAACAAAGUCAUCCAUUGAGAAUGCAUUAAGUAAUAAUUGGGCAUUGAUAUCAUCGAUGGAGAGUACUUCACAAAAGUGCGAAUCUGAAAAGAAUGAACUUAUGGAAACUCUCAAGCAAACGAGAGUCGAAGUGCGACAUUUAAGGGAUGAAAAACAGAAAUUACAAAUUACUCUACUGUCGGCAAAGCAGGAACGAAAUCAAGUAGAAGAAGCCAUUGUUUUACUUAGAUCGCGUUUAUCUAAGAUGAUCACGCAAUACAAAACUUUGAAGAAAAGAAAUGCUGAAGUUGAAGACAAGUUAAAUUCUAUGGAGGAACUCAAGAACGAAAAUAAACGAUUAAAGACUUUGUCUUUCGCAGCAAAUGCAUCGCUUUUCAAGAAAUUAAGGGAAGCGAAAUGUAAGAACAGGAAAUUAGAAAAUCAAUUAAGAAAUAUACGAGUCAAUGGGCAUCUAAACAACAUGAAAAUAAAGACAGAUGCUUCGAUGAGAGAAUGCCUUAAUCAAGCUCUUCAACGAAAUAGAGAAUUACAAGAUCAGCUACAAUCUAUGUUAAUUACGAAAACUCCAGAUGAGAGUAUCGAUGAAGGAUAUGGUGACAGUACAGUGGGAACCAUGACUUUUGACUUAUCACCACAUUUGCUUGAGCCAACAUUACUCGAUAAAGUCAAUCGAGUAUUAGCUGAAAGCAAGGAUUUCUUAGCACCGAUGGAAUCGAGUCUUAACGAGUUGCAAACUAAAUUUGAGAAUUUUAUAGGUAAACACCGUGCACAAACUGCACAAUUAUUUUCUACGAACAGACAUGUUGACUCGAUGUCAUCAGUGGAAAAUGCAGAGUGCAUAACAUAGCAGAUACAAAGAUGUAAAUAAUCUAUGAUGUAUAUAGUGACAAAUCAAAUGAAGCCGUUAUUUUUCUUAUAAAAAACACUAUCGUAUUCAGAAUGAUAACAUUUUGGCUAAGGAAAUAUUAAAUAGUAUUAAAAUAAUUUACGUUUUUAACCCUAGAACUACCAAGCGAGUCGAAAUGACUUGUUUCAAAUGGCUCAUCCUCUACAAAAAAAAAAUCUUCCGGUCGCUCUAGUGUUAAAGAAAUCUACAAAAUUGGUCAUAUACUCUCGACACUAGUAUGAUCUUGGUCUAUUUUUUUUUCCAUGAAAAAUAUGAUUUUCAAGAUUUACAAACGUUUGUAAACUUUAUAAGACAUCGUUGAAUUUGUCAUUGCCAUGAAAGUAAUACUUCAAGAACUGAUUUCAAUUUUAUAGUCGCUGAAGAAUUAUAUUUGGGAUCAGUUUUCUUCUUUCCAGAUUAUAAUGGCUACCAAUAAUUUCUUAAUAUCGUUCGUUUUUAGAAAAAGUAUUACUAUUGAUUACAGACACAUAGAUGAAUAUAAAUUAAAUUAUGUGGAACAGAUUUAUUAAGUUAAAAUGUUGCAUAAUUUUCAAUUGUAAUUUCUUUGCUACAGCUUUCCUGUCAUGCUACAUGUAAAAGUGUUAAUUAUUUAAAACUAUGUCAAUUUUCGGUUGAUUAAUGUCCUAUCGUUCUAAUUGGCAGCUGUGAACUUUAGUUUUGCAAUGCUACAUGUUUUGUAUUACAAAGGGUGUAACUGGGCGACAGUAUUCGUAAGAACAUUAGUGACUUCCAAAUGUGAUAUUAUACAAUCGUAGUUCUACAACUAACAUCUAAUUAAUUCCUGUAUAUUUUGUAUGUAUCCCUAAAAAAAGGAGCUUUAAGAGUAAUAUAUUCAAUGCAGCUAUUUGUCUUUAGCGGUCACAUGUAUUGCAUACAUUUCCAUACGUAGACAUUAUUGUAGUAUAUUACCUUUAUAAGGAAAAAUCUCUUGAUAAGUUAUUAUAUGGCGUGUUAUGGAAUACAAUCUGUACUUUCCUCGCGUCGUUAAUCUACUUCGUUAUUAACCGUUUGAAUGUUUAAUAUAAAUGUUCACGUUGUACGAGUAGAACGAAAUUAAGAUAUCUUCGUAAUGCACGUUGUCGGUCCCGUGAUUGCACUUUUGAAUGAGCAAGAAAUUAUUUCUAAUUAAAGAUCUUCUUUUACUAUAUAUACAUUCUUCUUGUGCGCUUCUUAUGUUUAAUGCGCGUAUAGUUUUACAUUUAGCAAAAUAGUUUUAGAAAUAAAAGAAAUGUACAAGGCAACGAUAAAAUAUGUGACACCAGAGUGUCGGACAAGGAAUGCAAAAAAUACCUUUACAGAAUUGACGUUGAAA